AUGAUUGUCAGACCAGGAAGGACGCCGCACAUAUGCUUGAGAUGUCAACGAGGUCUGGCAAAGCGCUCGAUUGCCGUAGCUCGAGUCGCCUUCCAGUCCACCGAUUCGCAUGUACAAACUACCAACGAAUACGAUGCCCGAGAUGACCAGGGCGACGAUGCGGGCCUGGAUAUACAUAGACCCAAGGAGCCGGGUAGUCGCGAGCCGUCUCGACUUCAUGGAUAUCGUGGCCUGAAGAAGCAGGAAUUCAAGGAGACCUUGAAGCACAAUUCUCUAGGGGACACGGCAAAGGUCAUUGUGCUUCGAGACUCGAUAGUGAACUGGUACGAACUGGACUCUAAACACUUGGAGCCGCAAGAAGCGGCGCACAUCGAUAUAUUAGGCCAGCUGGCCGAGGAAAGAGGGCUGGCUGGCUGGGCAGAAGUGGAGAAGAAUAUCGAUGAAUUCAGGCCAGCGAGCGAGCGUCAGACUUGGGAUGAGAUCAACGAGCUCGUGCAGGCAUUGCAGGAGGGUUUCACAUCAGGUCAACUGCAAAAGUAUAUUGAAAAUUUCAAAGGCAGACGGGAGCCCGAGGCACCAGAACGGCCUUGGACUACGAUCAGGACGGAUGCCAGAAUUCUACAAGUAACACCUUGGUUGCCAGGAGUUUCGGAAAUACAAGAUCAUUUUGACAACGAUCCUUUGAGAGGCUAUUUUCUGGAAUCGCAUACUGCCAAGCAACGUUUGACCCUUCGCUUGCUGCGAGAGUGCUGGAUGUUGGAGCUGCCGGAAUUAGUGGAUGGCAUUGGUCAAUUUGAAAUUCAAGUUAGCUACGAAGACUUGGACCUUCUCCUCCUGGGAAAUCCUUCGGUUCUGAGCGAGAUACAUGCGGCCAUCCUACACGGUGAGGGCGAAAAGCUGGAAGCGUUUCGAUCAAGAAAUGUGAUCCGGGUUACUUGUCCUCAUGUCAAGAAACCAUUCGUUGUUCGGGAUCUUGACGACGCACUGAAACGCAGUCGGACUGCGACUCUAUCUCUAGCGAGCUUGAUACCCGUCGGGCCAAAAAAACCGACCCAGAGACAGGUGGACAGGUGGAUUCAGAAACACUUCGAUGCCACCACCCUUCAGUCCUUGAGUCGUCUAACAAACACCAGCAUCGUUCAGGGGCCUAGUGGUACUUUGAAAAUCUCGUGCAUUGACAAAACUCCCAAUGCCGUGGUUUCCAAUGUUGAUGUUGUUCGGCGUCUCCUGCUGGUCUCUGGUGAAAAUUCGAGUAGAAAUAAACACGAAUUGGCUCGCGACACGACGAGUACGAAAAAGGGGGGAUUCGUUGACACCCCAGUGGCUAAUGCUCUCCCUUGGAGGGAACAACAACGAGAUUGGGGUCGAUGGACUGCUCCGACUGGGAAAGAAAAACAGGAACCGUCCAGGACACCCGUUGCUGAGCCCAUUAUAAAGCCCACGGGCAAAAAGGGACAAUCGAAAGCAGAAGCCAAAGCUGCAAUCAAAAUGCAAAACUCAACUGACCCGAUAUCAGAGACUUGCUGGGAUCACAAUUACUUCACAGAUACCUCAGCAGUACUAGGCAAGGUUCUGCAUUCGUCCCUUGAAUCCUCAGAUUCUCCUCCGCCGCUCUCGCUCGGAGGGCCUAAUCAAAUCCAGACAUUUGUAACUCAAGUCUCCAACUUCUCUCGACUUGUCAACGAUGCCCAUGUCCUAAAUCAAGGAGAUAGGGUCAGUUCCCUCGUCCUCCGAUUCCUGCCAGACCCCUUCCACGUCAUUACCUCGCGUGUAAAAUACGGGAAAGCAAAACUUUACAAGCACCGGCCCAUCGGCGCCAACGCUCUUACCGCAUUCCCAGCCAUCGAAAUGCGCUUCACAAUCGACGGCGUCUCCAAGAAAGCUGCGCUCAAAAACAUCGUAGCUAUCGUAAAAGAAAGCAAGACGGACGUCAUGCUUCCGCAUAACAACAUUGACGUUCGCUUCCAGCAACGCACCACAAGCCAGCUACAGCAUGAGUCCCAAUACCAUGACUACGUCGACCCGAUUCUAGACUACAUCAAGAAAUGUAGUCUAUCAUUCGAAGGCUCCGAGAUGUUGCAAAUUCCGCCGGCGGUUACACUGCCUAUCGCAAAGCACCUUACUCGUGGCGGGGGCUUCGAAAUCCUCCAAAAGGCUGAUAUUGAUAACACCAAAAGCAAGAAAAAGACGGACGAACAUGUCAGAGGGGUCGAGUACCUCUUUGCCGGCCUCGAAGUCCGCCACUCGAUCGCUUUUAAUUACCAAGAUUGGCGGCUGCUGUACACCAGCAUCGAAGCCGGCAAAGCAGGGGGUCGUCGCGCAGAACUUAAACUGCGACCCAUUCUAGGUGGCAAAGUGGCGGAUGAAGCCCAGUUUGUGGAUAUGGCGUACCAAAUAGCCCACAUUGUCGGAGAGCAGGGUGAAGGGACGGGUGGCGUGAAGGCGCAGAUCAGACCAGUGGUGGAUAAAAACGUGGCCCGGAGAGUUAUGGGUGAUGGUCUGGAAUUACAUCAGAGCGGUGUGUCAGAGAACUAUGUGAGGAGGGUUGUUGAUAAUAGGCUCGAAUCUCAAAAGUCCACCGGUUGGGAAGAGGCUGGAGGGAUGAGGGACAAGGGUGAGGUGGAGGUGGAUGCGGUCAAGGAAGGUGAACAAGAGGGGAGAACGGCUGAUGGGACUCAAAUUUCGGACUCCUUGGAGAUCAAUACUGACGGUGAGAAGCAGCAGACCGUGUUGGAGGAUCAGUCGAAAGAGGUUGAGGAUGAUCUGAGCAGGAUCGAGGAUGUCCGGUAUUAA